GUGUACAAAGGGAGAUUAAAAUAGUUUAAAUAAACACAAUCUUCUCAUAUUUAGCUCUUCCACCCUCACCCCUCUCUGUUUUCCAAAUUAAUUUUCCGUCUUCCUGCUCCCUCACAGCUGGUCAUGGAUCUCUCUGAGGACGUGAGGUCUUUGACAACUGGGGCAUGUCCACAGCUCAAACAUUCAUUUGCACUUGCAAGUCAAGGGCCCGCAAACUGGCAGAAAAUCACUUUCCUACAAAAACCCAACGCUAUCUUGUUACACCGCAAGAAAGAAUCAUUGUCCAGCGACACAGUAUGAAUCGUGGUUAAAAGGCAGACGCAGUGAGCAGGCAGGCGAUGCAACUGCGCUGAUCUAAGGGUGAUAAGCUGGUUCCCAACAAACAGCUCAGGUUCGGCAACUGUUGAGUGAGGAGAUUAUCAGUGCUCUUUAGACUAAAGCUUUCCUCUCGAUGUUCAGUAGUAGAUUGUAAGUACUAAGCUCCCUGUGCUACGCGCCAGUUUAGGGAUCUCACACUAAGUCAUUUUCAAAUUAACAGUUGCAGAUAUUCUCGUCAAAGUCAACUUGUAAGAUUCUGCAUUCAACUAUUCGAUACAAAAAUCAAAAUGACUUGCACCUUCCAGCCUUCAGCUACAUGUAAAAAAGGCCAUUGUAGUGCACGGGCCUCUGUCACAGAACCCUCUUUGCUUGGCUUUGUCCCACUGUAAGAGCCGGAGCAGUAGGUUGGAUGUUGGAGGAAUGCCUCACGUAUCGAGUGACCCAUUGCCCCACGGCCUUUGCUCCUCGCCCAGCUCGCAGCGAUGGAGUGCUCCUGGCGGCGGCUGUAUCCCGUGUCACAAAAGCACCUUUCUACACAACAGGGGUACAGAGAAUGGGCCACAGCACAGUGGUUCUCCCCGGGUCAGCUCCAGCUCGCCGUCGUUGAAUUUCAGACCUCCCCCUUUGCUUCCAGAAUACACCCUCAUUGGUGGGGAUGUUCUUUCACCCAAGCCUGGCAGAGAUAUGAGUGAGACCUGGAGCUACUGGUGCUGCUUCCAAGACACCGCUAGAGAGGAUAAAUGAUCAUACUACUAAUGCAUUACUGGGUGAGUAUGAUGCAUAUAUAUUCUAACAAAGUUGGAUGUUAAACUAACAAGUAACCCACUAAAACUUUUAGUUUAUAUGUAAUUGUUGGUGUAUUUGAUUACUGAACUCGAAUUAUGUAAUAUUGACACCAAUAAGAUGCAGGUUUACAUUCUAGUUGUACAAUUUAGAUGAUGAAUUCACUGAUAAAUUACCUGAGGUGAGAUACUGACUAAUAAAUAUCAGCUUUGAUUGAUUGAGUCUGCUGAAAAAUGUAGCUCCUACCUGAGCUUGGCAGCAGAAAAAGAAUAAGUAAUUAACACUGAACAUGGAAUAAAUGUUAAUUAAAGUAUUGAGGGCAGAAUUGUCAUCACUCAUCAGUACUUUGUGAUAUGAUUUGAACUUAUCGGUAUGUGCUAAUCUGUAUUUUUUGUAACCUCUUGUUUUUUUAAUCCAAAACGUAGAUGGAAAAAUCGAAUUAGUGCAGAUUGUUUUGAAAAAAACUCAUCUGCUCUCAGAUCCCGGUCAACCAUGAGGACUUUCUCGCGUCAGUGGGCCCUCGUGGCUGUAGCUCUGGUUGCACUCGCUGUGGUGUCCUGCGCCGUAGCUAAGACUACACAGAAGCCAAAGUACCAGUACACCAAGAAGCCUGUCCCUCAGAUCGCAGUGCAGCCCCACCCGCUGCCAUCCACAGAGAGGACCACCUAUCCCACUCACGUCUUUCAACAGUACCACCCUGAGAGUACCGAUUCUCCUGGUGCUGGCCCUGAGAACUACACUCUGGAUUACAACGAGUGUUACUUCAACUUCUGUGAGUGCUGUCCACCCGAGAGAGGCCCCAGAGGGCCGAAGGGAGACAGAGGCCUGGCAGGACCACCAGGUGAAAGAGGCCCUGCAGGGGCCGGUGGUUUAUCAGGACCACCGGGUGUGAGUGGUCCUACGGGAUUAAAAGGAGGCAAAGGGGAUAAAGGUGACAGAGGAAACAGUGGCACAGUCGGGCCACCAGGUGUCCCAGGGAAACCAGGACAAAAAGGUGAUGGUGGCUCAAAAGGUGAGAAAGGUGAAAUAGGACUGCAAGGUUUCAAAGGCGAUAGUGGAGGGAAAGGGGAACCGGGCCAGAAUGGGAGCACUGGGGAGAAGGGAGAACCAGGAAAAGAGGGGCCAGCUGGACCUCCAGGAGUGGCUGUUCAGCAAGGUCCUAAGGGAGACAAGGGGCAAAAUGGGGAGUGCCGCAUAUUCGGAGACAGAGGACAGAAAGGUGAGCGAGGUGAUCCUGGGCCUUCUGGCACCCCAGGAGUGAUGGGCAUCCCAGGAAUGAAUGGAAAGCAUGGUUCCCCAGGUCCUGUAGGCGUCCGAGGGGAUCCGGGACAUCCGGGAUCACAAGGAGACCCGGGGGUGAGAGGACCUCAGGGACCACAAGGCAUACGAGGGAUGCCCGGGCCAAAAGGGGACAGGGGUUACCCUGGGAUGAGAGGUGAGCGGGGCCUUCGUGGAUUCAAAGGGGCUAAAGGAUCAGGGGUUCAGAAACGCUCAGCCUUCAGUGUCGGCGUCUCUCCAAAAAAGUCCUUCCCUCCCUCUGGCUCCCCAAUCCGCUUUGACAAAGUCUUCUACAACGAGGAGAACCACUUUAACGUCACGUCCAACAGCUUCACGUGUGUCCACCCUGGGGUUUAUGUCUUCUCCUUCCACAUCACUGUACGCAAUCAGCCUCUGCGAGCCACGCUUGUGGUGAACGGGACACGGCGGGUACGGACACGGGACUCUCUGUACGGUCAAGACAUUGACCAGGCUUCCACUCUGGUGGUGCUGCAGCUGGCCCAGGGUGAUCAGGUGUGGAUGGAGACAUUCAGAGACUGGAACGGAGUGUACGCAAGCAGCGAGGACGACAGCAUCUUCUCUGGGUUUCUGCUUUACUCAGACAAGGCCUGAUACUCAGUGGUGGUACUGUCAAUCGCCUCCUCUCCACUAUACUGUUCCAACCAUACAUGAGAGAAGACCAGAUACUGGUGGUGCUACACGAUUAUACUCACUAUACUUAUGAACUGCUUAAAAGGUGUACUGUACUCUAGUCAGAAUAUUUGAAGACUGACAUUAUCAAGAUCGUUUAGGUUGCAUUAUCACCUUAUUAGUAUAUUUUUGUUUUACCCAACGGAUAAAAAAUGAGAGAACUCCUACACACCCUCGCAUAUUGCUGGUAUAUUCAUUUACAAUACUUUUAUUAACACAACCUUUGUCAGGUAUAUGAACAUACAUCCCAACAGUUCUUUAUAUAUAUACAUAUAUACAGGGUAAUCAAAACUACAAAAAAUAGGUCAUUUGGUGAAUGAAACCUCCCAUUACUAUCCAAGUAAUUAGAGAAAGAAGGCCUAAAAUAUUCAUGUUAAAAUGACAGAGGAACUACAUAUAAACGUGUGUGUGUGUGUGUGUGUGUAGCACUACUACAACAUGAAUAUACACACCCUAAACUAUCUAAUGAUUAUUUGCUGUAUAUGAUAAAAUUGUAAAAUUUUAAUUUAUGACGAACAAUUGAUCAUUUACCGAACAUUAAUGUACAUAUAUGAAACUGAUGUAAUGUUUGUCUAUGUUCUUGUAGGCUAAAUUGUUGUUAAUAAAUAUACCAGCAGUAAGUGAGACAGUGUGCUGUUUUUCUAUUUCAUUUUUUCAGAAUUAAAUAUUAAAACAUGCAGUAAUACUUCAUAAUAUUCUUAGCCUUUACCCCAUUAAUGCUUAAGUAUUUAUUGAUAGUCUACCUUCACUUUUGUCCUCAGUUAAAUGCCGUGGCCUCAUGUUACCCCCUCCUCUCCUUCCAUGCUGUCCCUGUCAUCAUUUUUCAUAUAUUUUGCUUCAUAUUUCUCUCAUUUGAGCACCGCUGCCUUUCAGACCUUGGCUUUUGACAUCAAACUGAGAAAUGAGACAUAGAAAUAUAUCAUCUAUGUGUUGAGUAUAUGGAAAAAAUAUCUGAGUUUGAGUGAGCUGUAUUAAUAUGACCUUACCCUUGUGCAAUCGAAAAACAUAAUAUCCACUGUCAUGUUAUUUUACCAAUACUUCCAAUAUGUAAGCUGUGUUGUUGUAUAAUGGGGUUUUAUAAAGAUAGCCUUUUCAGUGAAAAUAAAAUCCAGUUGCACAUAUGA